AUGGACACGAAUGUGUUAAAUGUGGGGAAACUGAAGCCGCCCAGUAGGGUUACGGGUCUCACUCAAGGUCUAGAGAAGGGCCAGUGGCCUCCCCUCUUAAGAGUCAGAAACCCUUUGGUUAAUUAUCCAUUGACAAUAUCCUGGACAGACCUGCGCAGGUGUGUUUUCACUAGCUGGCCUCGGAUUCCUCCACUCCAGCCCUCAAGACUCCAGGCCACGUUCCUGCUGAAGGGAGCCUGGGGCCCCCAGAGCGCUGUCAGGAAGAGUCCACUGUAUCCGAUGAGGUCACAAAGCCCGCCCCUCGUAGGCCCCUCCCCCAGGCCAGGGCUGACCACCCACAAAGGGCCAUGGCCAGGCCCUGGGGAAGCUCCACCCCCUAGGACCACUGAGCUCGGCCAUCUCUGAAGCCCAAAGGGCCAGGGCUUGUGGCUGGUGGGGGUCUGGGCAGGCCACACACCAGGGCACUGGCUGGCUCUCCACGUCACAGAUGACCCACCCUUUCUACGGCCACCAUGAACUGGCUUUGGAACAUCAAGGGCAUGGAGACAUGCCAGGGACCCCCAGCAUGGGUCCCCACUCUGGGCGAGCUGCAGAAGGCCCUCCAGAAGGGCGAGUACCUGCCCUUCUGCCCGCUGCCCAUGUUCGAGAGCAACUUUGUCCAGGUGACCAAUCGAGGGGCCCCAGUCUGCAUUCACCACAAAACCCACCGCGUGACCAUGGGCGUGGCCGCCUCCCUGCCGGCCCUGGGGCUGCCAGACAUCCUGCUCAUCGCUCAGCCCUCCGAGGGCAGGGAGGGCUCCAGCCUCGCCCUCACCAGGAUGAUCCCUCUGGACCUGUCCCACCUCUGUGUCCACGACCUGUCCACCCGGCGCCUGAAGCUGCACCUGGUCACAGGCCGUUAUUACUACCUGGAGCUGGACGCCCCUGACGGGGAGGGGGGCUUCCUGUUUGACUGCUGGGUCCGCCUCAUCAACCUGCUCUGGGAGCCUGCUGACACCUGGACCCCCAGGACCCUGCCAACCCCGCUCAGCAACCUGGCCAGGACAGCAACUCCAGCCUCCACCUGGAGUCUCCAGGACCAGCCCCAGAGCAGACGCUCAGUCAUGAUUAUCGAGCCCACCUUUCCUUAUAAGAUGCAGGCAUCUCAGAGGCAGAAGAAGGCCAAGCCGCUCAAGCAGCCAGUCAGGUCUCAGGCUGUGGGCGACUCCAUGCCCCUCAUCUGGUCGAAGUUGAAGCAUGAUACUAGAAAGAAAUCCGCAGAAAAGAGGUCCCAGCCAGGUGUCUCCCUCAACCGACCUCAGGCCCAGAUCCAGGCUUCCAAGAAACCCAGCAUCACCAGCAGGACCACCUCCGGCGUCAUGUCCAAUACCACCGACCACGUGCAGCCUUCCCCCCAGGCAGCUGGGGAGGCUGGGGGGGGGCCCUGGGCCCGAGGGGGAGGCUGGGGGGGGCCUGGGCCCGAGGGAGAAGGGCUAGAGGCCUGGGUCUGUGCGUCUCCCUUGGCUCUGACCAUCCUUCCUCUCCCCUCCAUCCACCUACAGGUUUGCUCAUCUGAUUGCCACGUGGGCAUGGUCCGGGGAGGGUUCGUUGAGACCCUGAUACACUGUAUCUCAGACAAUGGCCAUGAUGCUCCCUUGCUGGGCUCCUGUGACCACCUGGAUAAGCACCUGUGGCAGAAGGACACUGAAGAACGGAUGAACCCUGAAUCCAGAACCUUGUCUUCUUCCCCUCUCUGCCCACGCGCCACCUCUCCACACCUCUACCUCUCUGCCCCCUCCUGCUCCUUCCCCAGGCGCACUGACAAAGCCAGGCCUCUGGGCUCCGCACAGAGGCUACAGCCUCCACCCUCCCAGAAGAUCCCAUCCACGGUCCCUGCUGCCUCUCGGAAGGUUCCAUUCCUCCUUGACCACUCUCGCAAGGUCUCGGCUGCACAUGCCCCAUCCCACGAGGCCCCUGCUGUACCUGCUACUCCCCAGAAGGCCCCAGUCGCACCGGUCCCAUCUCGGAAGGCCCCGCCUGUUACAGCUAUUUCCCAGAAGGCCCCAGACUUACCUGCCCCAUUUUGGAAGACCCCACCUGCAUUCUCAAAAGCCGUCCCAAACAGGAAAUCUUCGUGCAUUCCAACCCCCUCCCAGAAGGCUCUGACCUCACUUACACAAUACCAGUUAACACUGGACCCUGCCAAUUUGGGCAUGUUGCCCAUGGAGAGUCAUGGAGCGGGUGUGCUUGAGAGAAGCGGGCUUGUAGGGAAGCCAGAGUCACCCAGGAUGCUGGUGGGCACCCAGGAGACAUACACAGUAGAGGCGAGGACUCAGAAGACAUUCCUGGAGCUGCCUUCCCCUACCACCCAGAGGGAGUCGGAGGAGGUCCUGACCAGCAAAACCCAGGAGAUCAGCCUGGACAGCUCGAAGGGCAGGGGCAGGUUGGAGGAUAGGGUCCACAGGGUGAAGGAGGAGAUACCUGUGGGCAUACCUGGCUUUAAAUCCAAGGAGGUGGGGCAGCAGAAGAGGGUCAAGACCCAGGAGCCAGCUGUUGAGGAGGUCCUGCAGGAGCACAGGAGGCCCUUCUUGGUGGAGAGUCUUGCCCUUGCCAAGCUGAUGUUCAUGGCCGACUCGCAGGAGCUGCCCUCGAGACUAGCGGUGGUCAGUCUGCCCUCCUGGUUCUCAGCACCCCCCCGCGUGUCUGCCGUGUCAACUGUGGGCACAGGGCCCCUCAGCCCCAGCCAGGUGUCCUUGCUGGAGGGGACAGCAAUGGCAGUCAUGGAGAGGCCCCUCCUAAGUGCCUGGACGAACGGGUUCAUGCACCCAUGGGUGGAGGAGAGCAUGUGUCCCUGGGUGGAGGUGGAGGUGGAAGAGCUUCCCUGGGGCCUGAUGGGGACUUCCAAAGUGCCCCGAACUCCAGGUGCGCCUCCAGCAGCCCAAAGAUGGACAGAGUCUCCCAGUUCCCACCCUUCUGCCUGCAUGGAGGUGGGACGAUGUAUCUGA